AGAUAAGGAUGAUAAAGGCAGACCGAGUUGUCGGCGCAAUCGCAAAUAUCGGUUGCAUCGCGAGGCGCCACUGCACCCUGAUUUUAGCUUUUUCGUUUCCUCAAGCCAGGACUAGCUUUCAGUAUUUGGAACGCUGUCGGAACGCGUUGUUCUCGAACCAAAUCCUUUGUCGUCUUUCCACCGAUCGAGCGUGAAAACAUUUUCGUUUUAUAAUUAUAAAAAACAUUAAAUAUCAUACCUUCUUUUUUACUACGAAUAAACGCGUUAUUAUUUUUCAAAUAAUAAAAAAAAAAAGAGAAAAAAAGAAUUGUAUCGCAGUACAAAACGAUGGUUUUCUGUUGAUGUGUCUCUUUAUGUAUAAAAUUAUAGUUGCCGUCGUUUUACGCUGAAAUUAAAGUUUAUUUCUUUUUAAGUUUCGUGGGUGAUCGUUUGGUUUACAUGAGGGAGAGUAUCCGGAGAGUAUCGUUCGGAAGACGAAGGAUGAGAAAUGUUAACGAUCAAGGGACGAUCGUGGAAUCGUUAACGAUCUUCGACGAUUUCUCAGAGUUUCGGGGGAAUCGAAAAUACAACGAGUAAAGAUGAAAGAAUCCUGUAUAUAAUAAAAACAAUGGCACCGUUCCAUGGCAUGGCCCUUAUACUGCUUGGAAUCGGAUACCUGUUACACGCAGAACCUCCUUCUAGUCACAGAAACUUAGCGGUGCAACGAGUCGACGAUGAGAAACCCGAUAAAGGGGAACGUUCACAACGAGGGACGAAGAGGACGUAUUUUUAUAUAGAUUCGCCUCAAAAAGUGACCGCCGUUGUUGGACAAAAUGUUGUGCUGUUGUGUCGUGUUAAGAAUUUGGGCAACAGAACCAUAUUGUCCCAGGUGUCUUGGAUUCGAAAAAGGGACUUACACAUCUUGACGUCCAUGUUGGUGACUUAUACGAGUGACGCAAGAUUUAGGAUAAUCGGCAAUCCGGAGCGCGACGACUGGAAUCUGCGAAUAGAUUACGUACAACCACGGGAUGCCGGCAUUUACGAGUGUCAAGUUAAUACAGAACCAAAGAUUUAUAGGGCGAUUACCUUGAAAGUUUUAGACGUUCAGGCGAAGAUCACCGGUCCCGAAGAACUGUACGUGAAGAAGGGUAGCACGAUUAGCUUGACUUGCAUCGUGGAGAUGCAAGACAUUCCUCCGAGCAACGUGACUUGGUACCAUGCCGGUGCCCUGAUCGAUUUCGAUGGUCCAAGGGGUGGCGUUUCUCUGGAAACUGAGAAAGGUAAGAACGGGACGACGAGCAAACUGCUAAUCACUCGUGCCAUGUUCAACGACAGCGGAAAUUACACGUGCGACGCGAGCAAGGUGGCCCCGGCCAGCGUGAUGGUUCACGUGUUGAACGGCGAACAUCCUGCGGCGAUGCAACACGGUGGCACCGGGAACAUCAACAGGAGAGCGAUUCUCUUCAGUUUACUCCUCUUGGUGGACACGAUAUUUCGAUGAACGACCACCAUUUUUCCUGGUGGCAGAGUUUUUACAACUGCUGGCAACUGAAUUUUUUACGAAUGGUAUUUGGUUUUGAAAUAUUUUAUUAUUAAAAAAAAAAAAGAAAAAAUGAACUGUUGCAAUAGACCUUGUACGGUGUU